AUGGAUCCUACCAGCAUCUGCAUAAAGGACAAGCAAAUGGCAAAAUGGCAGACUAAGCUGUGCCAGGCAGAGCCAAAAAUGAGGACGAAGCUUGCCAGGGGCACAAGGCUGGCGGUCCAAGCUGAGCAGAUACACAAGACUGAAGAUGCUGUUUCUCUUUGCUACACCUACACUGUUAACAUUUCAGAGUCUGGACUGUCCCACAAAGUCCAAGGACAACUGGAUGAAAAGACUUUUAUUACCUGUGACAGUACAAACUGCCGUGCAAUUAGUGGUCUGGGGGAAACACUAAAAGCCAUACAGUCCUGGGAAGGACAGGUUGACACUCUGAAAGACGGAAUUGACCUGGUCACUGACCAAGCACUUCUCAUGAAACAGGAGAUUGAUACAAUCAGAGAGCCCCUCUCUCUGCAGGCCAAGAAAUGCUGUUGGUAUGAAGCAGAUGAAAAUUCCUAUGCAUCCUGUGACCUAUACCUCAAUGGACAGAAAGUGCUGUAUCUUCACCUAGGCAUUGGAAAGUGGACUGAAGUUGACCCUGGAUCCAUGCAGAUAAAAGAGAUGUUGGAGAAAAACAAGGAUUUAACAGACUUCUUAUCCACGACCUCACAGGGGGACUGCAAGGCCUGGCUUAAGGAGAUGAUCAAGUCACACUUAGAAGAAAAGCUGGAGCCUACAGGUCUGGUCAAAGACACAGCUGGUAUUUUCACUUCAGCCUCACCAACCAUUGCCCCAGAUGUGGACCAGAAUUCAUCCAUGACCGUGAAGCCCAAUGCCUUUGUCUUGCUGUUCACCUUAGCCCUCCUGGUUCUCUUAAAGUAUCUGCAAUGACAGGUUGAAGAUGCUCCAGGAAAGUCAUGAGGGUUCAUCUGGUGCCACCACUCUCCCUUUCCAUCAGCCUCCACCAGAUGAAUCAUGAUGCUGCAGACACAACACUUCAUGGUCUAUCACGCUGUGCUAAUUGCUUAGAGUCUUUUCUUAUCACCUUGUACUGUUUCUCUUGGUGCUCCUUAGUGGGAAUUGCUCUCAUUGUGAAACUACUUUUACUAGAGAUCUGGAGAGAAGUGGUUAUUACCGAUCCCUAGCAUAGGAAACAGGAUUACUGGAUCUCCUUAGUGGGAAUGUGAAGUUUUUAACUCUUGCAUAUAUAACUGGCAAUAAUCAAAUAUCUCAGAUAUCAAAAGGUAACCUCUAACAACUAAUCAUAGAAAACGGAAGUUGAGGACCAGUUGUUUAGUAGAAAUCACUGGUAACUGUACCAGGGCACACUUGACUCCAUGAUGGAAGCUCCAUCCAAGCUGUAAAACUCAGCAUAUAGGAAGCACUACCUGCCAAAACUCAAAUAAAGGCCUAGUCCAUACAAGUCUCUGAAUGGAUUAACCUUGCUUUAGGCUUCUGUCCUUCCACUUCUGCCAACUCUUCU